AUGAAUGCAAAAAGCUAUACUUUAGAAAAUUCUCAAGUUCAAAAUGCGAUCAAAUCUUCUGUAGCUCAACUUCAAAAUGCAGUGUCAGCAAUUGGAAACAAAGAACAUAAAGAAUUAAUUAAAAUUAAAGCUCUUUCCGAAGAAAAAUUUAAUUAUUUAAAUUCAGAAAUAAAUACACUUAUCGUUAAUCUAAAACAAGCUCUUCAAUCCGCAGCAACAUCGCAUAUUAAAAAAAAAUUGGAAUAUGAGAAAGAAAUAAAAAUUCUAGAAAUACUAGUUGAAAAUCUAAAAAAUGAUUACUACAAAAGAUUUAAAAAAAACUUAGAAGAGAUAGAAAAUGAAAAUGAA